AUGUUGAGAGGUGAAGGAAGCAAGCUAGCGUUCACAAGGAUGGAGAUGAUAAGAGGAGCAAGGAGGAUACUCAAAACACAAACCAAGGAGGACAUAGAAGAGGUUGAGAGGGUGAGGGAAGAAAGGAGAACCAAAAGAAGGAAUGAUCCUCUCAGCAGUGAGAGCGAAGCAGGAGAGUUUGAAAUUGGGGUGAACAUCCCACAUGAGGAGAAUGAUGACUCCCCAAGUGAAGAAGAGGGUGAAGAGAUCAAUCAAGAGAUUGAGGAGAGUGAGCAUGAGGGCAAUGAGAAUGUGCCCAUGGAAGAGGAGGAGUCAAGUGAAGAAGAGGAUGAGCUCCCCAUGUACCAAGAGCACUAUGAUGCUCUUUUCUCCAUGGACUUCAUGGACACCAAGUACCCACAUGUUGACACCAUGAAGGCCCUUGGAAUCUUUGAAGAUGUGGAGUUGGUCCUCAAGAACAUGCACUUGGCCAAGCUCUUCUCUACCACAUGGAAUCCUACAAGGAGCUCACUUGCGAGUUCCUAG